GUCGGCACUUUGGCACACUGUUCGGCCGGCGUCACUUUAGAACGCGCAUUUUUUUUGCAGAGUUAUCAUUUUGUUGAAUAUUCUCCUAGCGUCAGCAACUGCUGCUUUAAUAUUAAGUCAAGAAGAAAGUGUUUAAAUAAAGUGUUAAACUACAACUAGUGUUUUUAAAUUACAAACAUAAUGGGCAAGAAGACCGACAAUCCUGAGAGCUCCGGCAAGGGUUCGGAUGGCGAGGAGGAGGAGGAGUACGCCGUGGAGAGGAUCAUAGACCGGCGGGUGCGCAAGGGCAAGGUGGAGUACUACCUCAAAUGGAAGGGCUACGCCGAAACGGAGAACACCUGGGAGCCGGAGAGCAAUCUCGACUGCCAGGAUCUCAUCCAACAGUACGAGCUGAGCCGCAAGGACGAGGAAAAGGCAGCGGCUUCCAAAAAGGAUCGUCCCAACAGCAGCGCGAAGGCCAAGGAAACCACAGGACGCGUCAGCACAUCUGGGCCCGCGGCCAGCAAGCGAAAGUCCGAAGAGCCAGCAGCACCCGCUGGCAACAAAUCAAAACGUACAACAGAUGCGGAGCAGGAUGGCGGCAUUUCCAUUUCCGGCUCUACCGGAUUCGACCGAGGCCUGGAGGCCGAGAAGAUCCUGGGGGCCUCAGACAACAACGGCCGCCUGACAUUCCUAAUUCAGUUCAAAGGCGUCGACCAGGCCGAAAUGGUGCCCUCUUCAGUGGCCAAUAUAAAAAUCCCGCAGAUGGUCAUCCACUUCUACGAGGAGCGUCUGUCCUGGUACUCGGAUAAUGAGGAUUAAGAUUUUCGACGAAGUUGCGGCAUCAUUAGAGUCAAAAAGGACUCGUACAUCUAACGAAAAAAAACAUUUAGAAUUAUGUCUGGCCACCAUGCAGGCGAUUAUAAAACCUUCUCCCCCCCAACAACUUUUGAAACCUCGGACUAUAUUUAUAUUACUGUCCAUUUUCAACGAAUAAACAAAACCUAUGUUCAGCUGGAGCCUAUACAAGU